AGCAGUAGCUACAGGGAGGGAGGGAAGAAGAUGGUAGCGCGCAUGCGCAAAUGGGGACACGUUACUGAAGCAUGCGCGCGCGGAAGGAUGAAGCCAUGAGGCCGCGUCGGUGGCGGCCGUAGAAGUAGCUGCGGCGGUAAUUGAGCAGGUGCGCGCGCGGACGCGCAAGUGAGGCAGCGGGCGGGGAGGCGCUGAAUGCCCGGGGGUGAGGCUGGCAUCAGUUCCGAGGCUGGCAGCGCAGCGGCGAGUGCAGGUUCGAUUCCGGGCGGCGGCGGCUCUAGCAGCUGCCCCAGCAGCCCUAGUAGAAGCAGCGAGGCGGUGUCGCCGCCGCCGGCGGGGGAGAAGAUGAGUCUUUCGCCGAAGGAGCUGUCGAGCCUGCUGAGCAUCGUGUCGGAGGAGGCCGGAGGCAGCACCUUCGAGGGCCUCUCCACCGCCUUCCACCACUACUUCGGCAAGGCCGAGCACUUCCGCGUGGGCUCCGUCCUGGUGCUGCUCCUUCAGCAGCCCGACCUCUUGCCCAGCCCCCCGCAGCGCCUCACCGCCCUCUACCUGCUGUGGGAGAUGUACCGCACCGAGCCCCUGGCCGCCAACCCCUUCGCCGCCAUCUUCGCCCACCUCCUCAACCCCGCGCCCCCCGAGCGCGCCUCCUCCUCCUCAAACGCCGGCCCUGGCCCCGCUGGCGGAGGAGGGGACGACGGCGAGAGACCCCCGCUCUCAGGUUUUCUGCCACCUAUAACACCACCAGAAAAGUUCUUCCUUUCUCAGCUGAUGUUGGCCCCACCUAGAGAGCUCUUUAAAAAGACUCCAAGACAGAUUGCCUCAAUGGAUGUAGGAAAUAUGGGCCAAUCAGUGGAUAUAAGUGGUCUUCAGCUAGCUUUAGCAGAGCGUCAAUCUGAACUGCCAACACAGAGUAAAGCUAGUUUCCCAAGUAUUCUAAGUGACCCUGACCCGGAUUCUUCCAAUUCUGGUUUUGACAGCUCUGUUGCCUCCCAGAUCACUGAAGCUCUAGUGAGUGGACCAAAACCACCUAUUGAAAGUCACUUUCGGCCUGAAUUUAUCCGGCCACCACCUCCACUCCAUAUUUGUGAGGAUGAACUAGCUUGGCUCAACCCUAUAGAGCCUGAUCAUGCAAUUCAGUGGGACAAAUCAAUGUGUGUGAAAAACAGUGCUGGAGUAGAGAUCAAGCGCAUUAUGGCCAAAGCUUUCAAAAGCCCUUUGUCAUCACCACAGCAAACACAGCUCCUUGGGGAGUUGGAGAAAGACCCCAAACUUGUUUACCAUAUUGGCCUCACUCCUGCCAAACUGCCUGACUUAGUGGAAAACAAUCCUUUAGUUGCUAUAGAAAUGCUGCUUAAACUAAUGCAGUCAAGUCAGAUAACAGAGUAUUUCUCAGUGUUGGUCAACAUGGACAUGUCUCUCCAUUCAAUGGAAGUUGUAAAUCGGCUUACAACAGCAGUUGAUCUUCCUCCAGAAUUUAUUCACCUUUAUAUUUCCAAUUGUAUUUCUACUUGUGAGCAGAUUAAGGACAAGUACAUGCAGAACCGGUUGGUACGUCUUGUUUGCGUCUUUCUACAAUCAUUGAUCCGGAAUAAAAUCAUUAAUGUACAGGACUUAUUUAUAGAGGUGCAGGCCUUUUGUAUUGAAUUCAGUCGGAUAAGAGAAGCAGCUGGCCUGUUCAGAUUGCUCAAAACGCUUGACACUGGUGAAAGCCCUUCAGAAACAAAGACGUCAAAAUAAGACUUGAAAGACUGUACUUUGGACUGUUUGACUUGUAUAGUUGAUUGCAUUAUUGCUUGCAAUUAAGAUGCUAUUUGUGCUGUAUUAAAUACUUUUUCUGGUGUUAAA